AUGAAGCCGGAUGACAGUGUUAGUAAAGGGCCAGGCUGGGAGGAGGCCGCCCUGGCCAGGGCGCCAGCCGACAUCAGCCAGUCCUCAGAGGCUUCACUCCGCAACGGUCAUCGGACCUUAGACACGCAAGCGGCUGACCGCUCUGUGCGCCGGCUUAUAUUUGGCACCCUUUACCCUGCAUAUUAUUCCUACAAGGCCGUGAAAUCAAAGGACAUUAAAGAAUAUGUCAAAUGGAUGAUGUACUGGAUUAUAUUUGCACUUUUCACCACAGCAGAGACAUUCACCGACAUCUUCCUUUGUUGGUUUCCAUUCUAUUACGAACUAAAAAUAGCCUUUGUAGCCUGGCUGCUCUCUCCCUACACAAAAGGCUCCAGCCUCCUGUACAGGAAGUUUGUCCAUCCCACGCUGUCUUCAAAAGAAAAGGAAAUCGAUGAUUGCCUUGUCCAAGCUAAGGACCGGAGUUACGACGCCCUUGUGCACUUCGGGAAGCGAGGCUUGAACGUGGCGGCCACAGCGGCGGUGAUGGCUGCCUCCAAGGGACAGGGUGCCUUAUCGGAGAGACUCCGGAGCUUCAGCAUGCAGGACCUCACCACCAUUCGGGGAGACGGUGCCCCUGCUCCCUCAGGCCCCCCUCCCGCGGGGUCUGGGCGGGCCGGCAAACACGGCCAGCCCAAGAUGUCCAGGAGUGCUUCUGAGAGCGCUGGCAGCUCAGUGUGCACCUGCUGCUCCACCUGCAGGACCAGGAAAGUGGUUGAGGGAGAUGUGGCUGAGGGUGGUGUGAAGGCCUGGGAGCCCCACCAGGUCCAAAACCCGUUGGCCUUUUCCGACGAGGAGGAGGAAGACCUGCUGGAUUUCAUGUACAAGUAUAAGACACUUCGAAAGACGGAGAUCCCCCUGGAGGCACCGCCUAGACUCCUUCGAUCCCGCUUCAGGAAGAAAAGUACCUCAUCCUCAGCCACUGAAACCACAUGAGUGCGACGAGCCAACAGCACCAGAUACACGGAACGUUUCUCCUCUGCCUUAAAGAGCUAUUCACUAACAACACGGUGUCUGCAAGCUGGUGUGCUGUGUGCAGCCUCAGACAUGGCCUUUUCUCCCCGCCCCUUUUAGGAUAUUGUUUUCUCCUUGUCUUUAUUUUGCUGGGAAAGGCUAAAGGGCAGGUAGUGUUUGGGGGGGGGGGGGGACCCUAAGUCUUCUAAGGUUAGUAAUUUUCCACAGUUGGGCUGUCAUUACAGCCAGCAGUGUUUGUAGAAAUACAAGGGAAUCCCCCUCCCUGUUGAGAUGUACAUUUGUAAUUUAUUUGUUGCAUACUUCAUUUUUAGUCCUAUAAAUGCAAACAAAGCCAUUUUUUAAAACUGUUUUUUUGUUCUUGGUACUAAUACUUUGGACUACAGUGUACAUAUUUAUGGCUUUUGGCUUCAUAUGAUGGAAUUGCCAGGGCUGCCAGAGGUUCUGAUAAUGUAAGAAAACUACAAACACAGAAGUUUAAAAAAUGUUUCUGAUUCCAGAGCACAUCUUAGAUUGUGCUUAGAAAGCGUCCAAAUAAACUCCAGUUCAGCGUCCCUUUCCCUGCGGACGCCGGUCCGUACGCAGACAGUUGUUUUGUCCGUAUGUCGGGGAGAGAGGAGCAGGGAGGUCAGGGACACAGCCCGAGUAAGAGAAGUCACAGGAAGCUCGUCUUCCCCUUGGGUUCAGGGUGAGGAGCUUCGAAUCCUUUGGGGGAGGCGGGAAUUACCAUUUGCCUCAGGCAGGUGGCUCACCCGUGGGAAAAUCCUUGGGGAUGUAGACUCAGAGCCCAUGUGAGGAAUCAUUUUGAAUGUUUCAAAACUUCCUGAUGAAUGACUAUUUCUCCUCCACGGUAACCUGGCUGUGACCAACCUCCCCAGGCGGAGGGGCUUACACUGAGCGCCUUCUUCUACAGUAGAAACCCCCACCUGCCAAACAAUGCAACACUAGAACCGUGCUUUCAGGUGUGUGCUAUAAAACACUGAGGCACCGUGUCACAGCCCACACACCGGGUUCUGGGGGAUGUUAGAGGCCGAGACCUUCAUGGAUGCGAAUUGCUGCUCAGCUCCUUCCACCCUUGUUCCCCUUCUGGCUCGUGCAGUGUGAACGAGAGGGAAGUCGCAGGCUUAUGGGCAUUUCAUACAAGCUCAGAUGGCUUAGUAGGAGAAUAGCGCACUAUCCAAGGGGGCUCCCUCCUUAGUGAGGAACUUCGUUAGAAAAGGCGGGUCUGGAUUAAAUAGUAUUUUGGCCUGAGGUAGCUGCUCUCCCCUUGGAGCUGAACCAAAACACAGGUGUGUAUUUGUGCUUGGAGCUGGUGUUUUCUUUCCGUGUGAUGCAUGCAGUGGCUACAACCCUGUUAUUUAUAACUCUUGGAUUGUGUUUGUUCGUAGAUAUGCCCUGAAGACUAGACAGUUAGUGUUACCUACCACAUAGACCUUCCCGUCAGCCAGCUGUCAGCGGCCCCAGUUAGAGGCUGUUCUGCUCAUUCCCCAGCCGUGGGAUGGCAUCAGCGGGCUUCCCUGAUGACACACUGCGACAUCCCAGCCCCCUCAGCGGCUUCUCCUUGAAGUCGACUGUUAUCAGACAUGCAUAUUUAAAUACCUUUUUCCCAUAAUUACUCUGAGGGUGACUGUAAUUUACAAAAAGGAUUUAGGAAAAUAAACCUAAAAACAAAUUUGUCUGUAAUUCAGAGGAAAAACGGAAGCUGUCUUUUCAUUGUCUGUGCCUCACCCCCACUAAAACCUGCUUAGGGAAGACAGAAACUCUGUUUCCUUUAAGCUCACUGAAUAGUUGCAGACAGAGGAAAAAUGUACGCCUUGCUAUGUAUCUGUCAGUUGGGAGUACCCAGGAUCAUCAGAAACAAGAACAUAAAAAGCUUCACUUACGCAGCUUCCCCUUCUCCCCCCCAAAUAAUGCCUGUAGCAGCAGAGAUUAUAAUUCUAAUGGGAGCAAAGCUAGAUUUUCACUAUUUUGCGAUAGACAGUUUUAACAAGUACAAACGAUCAAGUUUGCACUUGACUAUGCCAAAAACAAGUUCCAAGCGCUCUCCUCUGACAUGCUGUAUUACUUCUCCUUCAAGACUUAAAAAUACAAAGCUAUCCAAACUGCUGUCUUAAUGUAAAUGUAACUAUUUUUCCUUCAUGUGUUGAUGAGGGAGUUGGUUUCUCUCUUAAAAACACUCAUUGUACAACUGAGACGAGCUGUCUUAUUUCUGGCAAAAUGUGUUUACUUAUUCAGCAAGCUGUUCUGUUGGUGUGUGGACUGACAUACAAUGUGAACGCCUCGAAGUGUACAUGUAGUGGCAUGGUGUUGUCCUGAGGAUGUAACUACACGUUUUUAAUUUGCUGGUAGACACAGGCUGUUUACAAAAUGCUGGCUCAAAAGUCUGUAAUUGUCUUUUCCUGUAAUAACUUUUGGUUAGUUGCCAUUGAACACCUGAUCUGUUUCUGAGGAGGUGGUGGGUAGUGUACCUGUAAACUGGAGAGUUUAGUCAUAAUCCCUGCUGGCUGUGUGAACAGCUUGCUCGUUCGCUGGACCUGAAAUGUGUGUUCUCUGCAGAGGCUGUCUGUGUUUGUGAUAACAGUGCUUGUCCACAGUGACCACCGUUGAGCACCUUCCUCAUUCUUCCCCUCGCGCAGUAUUUGAAACGGUAAAGGGUGAGCUUCGUUCUCAGACAGCUGCCGUGCCGGCCUGUGACUGUGCGUACUCCCCUAGUUAGUCCUGUAGACCCUAAGAACGCUCUGUAAUAAAACAGCAAACUGGACUGUGCAUCAAGGGGCGUAAAGUCCCAGGAUUCCCAAGGCUGACGUUCUGCUGUUUUGUUAUAAUGCUUGGUAUAUAUCUUGAAUAAAGUCUUAACAGUUUUCUUU